UAUAUUAUCAAUCUUAAUCAUUUCCCGUUCGGACCCACACCCAUUCACAUCGUUUUGGAGUCUAAAAAUAAAAAGAAAUCCCGAAUCCGGUUGUGAUGAAUAAUAUGCAAGAAUUAAAAAAUAGCGCGGGCAUGUCCGGAGACCUAUUGUCUCUGGAUCCUAGCGAGGAGCUUGUUUUCCACGGUCCAUUCAACCGUUCCGUGUGCAAGAAGCUGGUCAUCGGUAAUACCAGCAAGACUACUAGGGUAGCAUUCAAGAUGAAGACCACCUCGCCUAGGCUCUUCUUCGUUCGCCCCAAUAUCGGCAUGUUGGCGCCAAACGAAUCGGUCACUGUGGACAUCUUCAUGCAGCCAAUCGUCAUAGAGCCGGGACAGAAGCGUCACAAGUUCUUGAUCCUGGGGGCCCCGGCGCCACCGGAAGUCACCGAUCUAACAGAGUUCUGGAAACAGCAGAAGUCCGGACAUAUCUGGGACACGAAGAUCAAAUGUGAGCUGGUUCCAGCAAAGUCUGACGAUCAGUACCGCCAAGCUGGAGGUGGAAUGGUGGCCGCCUCUCCGCGCAGCGACACAGAGGGGGAGUACGAUGCCCUCGAGGUCAGUGAGCCGGUUGCCAAGCUGCUAAAGCAGGUCAGCGUAUUGGAGGAUGAGCGCUCAGCCCUCAAGGAUGAGAUCAAAAUGAUGCGGGAGGACGGAGUGGAGCAGCGGAUGAUCCGCCGCAGCCAGGAGGGACGCAGAAGCCUCUUCACCUUCAUCGCCUGUAUUUUCACUGUCCUGGCUGCCAUUGUUGGCGCAUUUUAUGGCAAACAUUAUUUGUGAAUCUUUAAAAAAUAUCAUUUUGAAAUUAAGAAGCCUGUGGUUUGGCCCAAAUUGUACAGAAAUUAUUUGUCAAUGAAAGGAAAAUAUAGUCAGGCCUUCUAUAGGGUUUUUUUGGUUUCAUUUAA